AUGGACGAAGUAGUACCGUUGUUUCGUGACUGUCAUAUUGCGCAGAUUAAGGAUUACCAGCUGGAGUUACAAAGCGAUUUAGUUAAAACAAAUGAAAUUUUCCAGAAGAAUUUAUUAAAGAACUACAACAAAAUUUUAAACUUGACCGAUGCUGUCAAUGACUUAUCCCUUGACUUGAAGUCGAUCGACCAAGAUUUCAAGUCUCUGUGCUUCAAUGAUGAGAAAUUUCAAUUGAACAAAUUACCUCCACUACCGCACCAUCAGACCACAACUCAUAUAACGCCUGUUGGUACCGAAGAUACAGCCUCCAUUGUACCUCAAAACAUACUGGUAAUUUCAAAUUGGACCAUUUCAAUUAGCAAUUUUUGCAACCGUAUCUCUACCUCCACCACACCUUCUCGCAUAUUCGACGAUUUAUUGUUGAAUUUUCAUGAAUUAUCCCUAACAUCAGUUCCCGCUACAUUUGAAACUUUGAUCAAGAACAAAUGCUACCAGUUACAAAAAUUCUUGGUGGACUCUAUGGAGACAUUGAAUUUUACUCUAUUACAGUGGGUAAAACUUUAUAAUCUACUAAACACCGACUUCACUUCAAAGUGGGAUGCCGACAUACUCUCUGCAUUCAACGAGUCAUUAUUUGAAACUCUAUUUAACGAAAAUGUCCAAGCUUUGUUGAAUUCCGGGGCUAAGAAUAAGAAACAUCAGUAUUACUAUUCCAAUGAACAGAAUAACGAUCCAAUUGUCACAGGAUUUGUAAAUUCAUCCAUCUUUAAAGAUCAUCUAAUUCGCAGAACGGUGAAGGAGAUCAAUACGCAUUUAGGUACGCUGUCUACCCUAAUAGCUAAGUUCAAGGAAUCGGAUUCUUACCGUAGACUGGAUAUAUUUCACGAUGACAAUAAAGACCAUGAUGAUAACAUUGAAUCUGCGCUUGAUGAGGCUACGCUGAAACAAUACAUCGAAACAGCAAUAUCUUACUCAAAGGGCCUAACUAAUGACGAGACAUUGGAGAUUUACGAAACUGUGCAGCCUACAAUUGAAAUUCUGCAAAAUCUAGAAACGUAUAAAUGUCCGCAGGAAACAUUGGUAGAGCUGAGAACGAAACUAAUUACCCAGCUACAAGAUUUUAAAACACAAAUCGAGGCCUCUUUACCGUCGUCGUCGUUAGCCAGACCAGCAACUAUUGUGGAUGAUUUUAUGACUCACUACAACAACCAAAACCUCCUACGAUUAGUCACUGGCCAAAUUAAUCAAUUAACGCGAUAA